GCGCUAGAAUCAUUCGACCUGAGAAAAUGCGUCAAUCUGAACCUUGCAUGAUUCGUUUAUCAGAAAUAGAUGCCAUGAAGCAGGCUUUAUCGAGGCAAGAAAAUCUUCGACCAGUCGAGCAAGUUGUUUAUGGAGAAAAUUUCCGCAGAACUGCCGAAGAAGUCAGACUUUCGCCAUCAGCACUACAUUCUGUAAAAGAAUUCUGCGCACAAUUUCUUCUUCGACUCACUCAGGAGCUUCUGGAAAGACUGCCUUCGUGUCUGGGGUCCAUUGAAAAAAUGAGGUGUUUCGCGCCGUCGGUAGCUUUAGCAAGAAGGGCUCGGCCCGAAUUUCAAAAUCUACCUUUAGAUCUCCUCAGUAAAUAAUCCAGCCGUGAAAUAAUCCACAAAACACAUCCUCAAUUCUAAUAUAACAAUUGCUUCCAAUACCUUUGUUCCAUUUAUUUGUUUUUUAGCUUCUGAUAUUGAUAUAUCGAUUCUCGAAAGUCAGUGGAUUGCCCUAGAAUCAGUUACGCUGAAUACCAUUUGUGUCGAGGAGUUAGACGCAUCUUUAGAAGAUAUAGACAUCAUAAAAUUUUGGGGUUGUGUUUGGAGGUUAAAAAAUGGAGCAGGACAACAAAUUUUCAAAGAGCUAGCAGAAUAUGUGAUUAAGUUGCUCUCUUUAGCACUUAGCAACGCAGUCGUGGAACGUGUGUUCAGCAUAAUGAACAUAAUAAAAAAUCGAUUAAGAAACAAACUAAGUAAGGAGAUGCUUACAGCGCUUCUCCGCAUCAGAAUUCAUCUUAUGUCUAGCAAAUUGUGCUGCACAACAUUUGAGCCAACUCGAGAAAUGCUGAAUUUAUUUAACUCCGAAGAAAUGUACGACCCUAAAAAACAAGUACAGGGUAAUCGCG